AUGUCACUUACUACAAAUCCCAAUUUGGAGUAUGACAACGUUGAUCCUGAAGAGAUCAACCACUGUGUUGGGUUCGCAGCCCUUUGGUCAGCCAACACGCGCCGUUCAAAGGGUCUGCGUGCCACUGGCAUCGGAUCUGUUAGCUGUGCUCGUAGUGAUAUGUUCCGAGCAAACGGUAUCGGCGACCUGCAGAAGGGGGAGCAAUACGCUAACAUGGACUACAUCUUUCUCUCAAGCAUCAUGGCGACAUCGCUCUUCUUGGUAACCAUCACCUACGACAUCGCCUGUCAAUGGUACCGGAACUUCUUCACCCGUAUGACACAGCUUCCCUCGGCUCUCCAGCUCUCCUCUCGCGUCGAUCUUCGUUUCCGUAUCCCAAAGUUUCACUUGGCAGCUCACAAAGAAAGUUGCCAUGCACCGUUCUCUCUGAAUUAUACCAAAUGGGUGGGUCGGACCGAUGGCGAAGGCGUCGAGCGUAUGUGGUCGUGGUUAAACAAAGUAUCGCAUUCUGUGUCCAUGAUGGGACAAGGUGGUCGUCAAGACACACUGGACGAUUUCUGCAACUUUUGGAACUGGCGAAAGACAGUCAACCUGGGUGAUUCUCUACUGAAGAAAAUGACAUUGGCUAUUCCUCAGGCUGCGAUCCAUCACCAAGCGUUUCGUGCGUUCACAGAUGGCCUUCACGAACAACAUUCGGAAGAGCUACUAGAAUGGGAAAACCAAGUCCGAGCCUGGGAGUUGGAUCAUGAUCAACCAUGUCCGUUCGGUCUACCACGCGAUGAUCUUACGAUGUCCGAUCUGAAAAAGGAGAUGGCGGAGGAAGAACAUCGCCGAGUACAACGUGGUGAGGCACUCCCCGGCGACACCAGUCCUAGUAACUUCAUUAUCACGGGUUUGGACAUCGAAGCAGCCCAGCAGGAGCUUCUUGUCACCGCAAGUAAACACGACCUCACGACUAAUACGUACAUGCCUGGCCUUGCCGAUUACAUCAAAGAGAAGGGUUACGAGGAGUCGACAUCUUCACCUGAGCUUAUUGAGCUCUUCCUUCCUUCUUUCUUCGCCUCCACGCAACGCGAUCUGAUAUGCCAACAGGGCCUUCCGGAAUUUGAGAAUCGUCUGCGAUUCGCACAGGCGACUGAAGCUCUCGCUCAUCUACGUCGACAACUCCGUACACAUUCGUUUGCCAAUAGUUACAAGACACGUAAUGCUCAUUCUCAGGGCGCCUACACGAGAAGCCGCCUCCUCCAGAAUCAGAUCGAAGUCCGAAUCAAAGCCGUUCGAGCACAAUAUGACAUAUCUAGACGAUCACUCCUAUCACUACGAGGUCCAGGAGAUUGGGAAAAUACACUGAAAGUACUACGUGCUGAGGACAUUCGAGGGAUCAACGAACGUACUCUGAAUGAAGAGGAGCAAGAGGAAUACCGCCGUGCUAGGCUACUUGCCGGGAUGUCCGAGGAAACUGUUGAAGGUGAACUCCACGGGCUGGGUACCACCAGCGGGCAAGAAAACAUACCAACCGUCGCCUUCAACCGCAGUCUUGCCCUUGGAGAAGGUCUUCGUGUUGAAUGGGUGAAAGCGCGCGCUCGUGCGGAGAGAUGGAGAGAAGAGGUGCUGCUCCUGGAGGAGGAAAUGCGACGGUCUAUAGCCUAUUGCGAAUGGAAGGCAAUGUACUGGGAUAACGCUGCGACAACGAGAAGCAGGCCACCUGAAUCAAACGAUCUCGCAUUGUUUGAGGGAGUUCGGGCGUAUGCAUAUCGACAGGCGUCGUACGAGCGGCGGCGCGUAGUCAUGUGGAAACGACAGUGGGCAGCCAUUCAAGAGCGGGCAACGCUUGUGCUUACGACUCAGUUGGGCCAGGGUGAUAUCCUGCGGAACAAUCAGGCAAUGUUGAUAGCGCCGCCGUUGGUGGUAGAGUUGGACCUCAGUGAUAACGAGAUGGAAGGUAUGGAGGAUGGAGACGUAGAGGUGGGGGAUGUAGAUACUUAG